AUGAGUCUGGACACUCAAAAAGCUUUGCAAAGUAAUAUAUAUCAAAGUUCCUCAGAAGCAAUUACUUCUAUAUAUCAACAAGCUUUUUCUACAAAAACUAGAUUAGAUGGUCUCUUAGUUAUGGGUUAUGAUGAUUCAGAGAUAUGUAAAAUAUUACUUUCCAAUAUUUAUUUUCAUCUUUAUACUUUUAAAAUUGGAAACUUAAACAUGAUUAUUUUUGAAAUUGAAUUUAAUAAUAAUAAUGUGAUUGUUAGAAUUUAUCAAAAUUUUCAAGAAAUUCAAAUUUUUUGUGAUACUAACCCUAAUUCUGUUUGGAGUAAAAUUGGUAUAUUAGUACAAUUUACAGGAAGCAUGCUAUUUGGACUUAAACAUGAACGAACAAAGUCAGAAAUCAGCAAAGAACUAACUCUUUUUACUACUUCAAAAACUCACGAAAAGGUCGCAGAACAAUUUUGGAGUGCAUUUCAGGAUGCUUUAGAUGUUAACAUUCGUGAAAUAGAUGGAAAGAGAAGAAUAUU